UCCGCCCACAAAAGCCAUAGCAAUUUUUAGUGAGGCUCCAAAGGCAAUAGUGCACUAAAAAUUGAAAUUUCGUGAGAGAAUUCCGCGGAAUAAUCCCAUUCAAACUCAUCCUGGGCCGAUAGAAAAGAGAGAAAUAGACCGGACGUGAUGGUUUGGCAUUCGUAGAUAUUUAAAUGGGAGUGGGUGGGCCUUCGCGCGCACGGAGCUCGCUGACAGACCUGCAAAUAUAUAUGCGGAGGAAUAUCAUUUAAUUCCGAGGCGCGCAGCACAAAUAGGGCGGAUUUUAACGCGCACAGGACCGGUUCUGUUGGACCCGACCGCUUGGACUCCAUUGGCAUUUUGUGCUCCGUUAUUGAAGGGUGUUUUUGCAUUGGCACCGCCCUUCCUGGCGGGGUGGGUCCGUGCGUCAGAGCUGCGCCACAGUCUGCGGCCGCUGGAGAAAAUAGGCCGUCCUUCUUCUGGGCCGCUGCCUGCCUUCUUUCCACGGCGUCCGGCCUUUUUUCUCUUAAACAACUCCUCUCCGGGUUUUAUUAAUGCGGAAUGAGUGAGCCAAAGAAGGAAGCAAUGGCCACAGAUGGGGGGGAAACCAGUGGGGAAGGGGGUACGAAAGGGAAAAGUUCUGGAUCACAGGAUGCACAGCCGUCCCCCCUCGCAUUGCUUGCAGCGACAUGCAGUAAAAUAGGAGGUGUUGGUGGCGAUGGUCAGGGUGCCACACCACAGCAGAUAAUUAUCGACCCGAAUCAGGGUCUGCUGCAACUCCAGAACCCUACGCAACAACUCGAGCUAGUUCCUGCGCAGUUAACAGGAAAUGGCUGGCAGAUCAUUGCGACUUCCCCUGAUGCUGCGACCACAACCAAGGACAACGUCCAGCAGUCAGGGGUUGCAAUCAGUGAAGGCACAGCUGGACGAAAGAUCAAGGCGGUCACUUCAAAUAAUGCAUCUGCUGGACAGCAGCAGCAACAAUUUCAAAUCAUCCAGGUGCAGAAUUUGCCUAACUCAACGGGCGGAAUUCAAUAUCAGGUGAUUCCUCAUUUGCAGACCGCUGAUGGACAGCAGAUCCAAAUAAGUCCAAAUAACCCCUCGACCUUAAGUGUUCAGCCGGAACAGAUCCAGCUCAUCCCUACCGGAAACAACCAAGCCAUUUUGGCCACGCCCCAGAGGGCGGGGUCGGCCAGCAUCGUCACACAGAAUCUAGCCAAUCAGACCAUUCCGCUUCAGAUCAGGCCAUCAUUCCCUCUCCAGUUGCAAACUAUUCAGGGUACGCAAGCGCCAAUGGUGACUACGUUGCCCAUCAAUCUUGGUGGCGUAACGUUGGCUUUACCGGUUAUCAACAACGUUGCCGGAAGUGGUGGGUCUGUUCAGCUAGUCCAAUCAAGUGACGGAAGUAUUUUGAAUGGCAACCAGGUGAUAACGUCAACCAUCGCUAGUACUGCUGAAUCUUGCACAACGACUUCGUCGGGAACCGAUUCAAUUGUUGUAUCCUCUACGGAUGGUACAACAUUAACAACGGCUACUGUGGUGUCCACUGGAUCUACAGAGGCCCAGAAGGAUGGCGAGACGGACAUCCAGAACGUUUCUCAAUCCAAUGGGCUUCAACUUGCAUCAGAACAAACUGGCCAAAUACAGCAAUUCCAAAUCGUAGGCCACCCUGUUUUCCAGCAGAUUCAGAUCCAAUCGCCACAGCAGCAGGUGGUCCAAGGAUCCAUACAGAUCCAACCGGGCCAGACUUUACAACCAGUUCAGCAGAACCUCCAGCUUCAGGCCUUCCAGAACCCAACGCAGGUUCUGAUCCGAACGCCAACUCUCACGCCCUCAGGGCAGAUCAGCUGGCAGACCGUUCAGGUGCAGAAUGCGGGCGUACCCCAGCAGCUGACUCUUGCCCCAGUGGCAUCAAACACAAGCGGGAGCACUUUCACGAAAAUUGCCCCACUGACGCUCGGUGGGUCGCCCAUCACACUGAGCGCAGCACAGCUGCCCUCCGGGACGGGGGUGCAGAUGUUGAAUAUUGCGGGUUUGGGUACAGCUGGAGUCCAGGUGCAGAGUGUACCACUCACCAUCACCGGUGUGCAAGGUCAGCAGCAGGGUCAAGAGGGGGUCAAAGUUCAGUCGGCCCCAAUGACGGUCACUGUUGGCAACAUCAGCAGCACGACCCUGAGUGCAGCGAGUCCGGAUCAGAUGGGGCAGGUCCAGAGCCCGUCUGACCAGGAAGGUCAACCCAGCAAGAGACUGCGCAGGGUGGCCUGCUCCUGCCCGAACUGCAGAGAUGGAGAGGGGAGAAACAACAGCGACCCCUCAAAGAAGAAACAGCAUGUGUGUCAUAUGGAGGGUUGUGGGAAGGUUUAUGGUAAAACAUCUCACCUGAGAGCCCACCUCCGCUGGCACACGGGAGAGAGACCUUUCGUCUGCAACUGGAUCUUCUGCGGAAAACGCUUUACAAGGAGCGACGAGCUACAGCGACAUCGCAGGACACACACAGGAGAAAAGAGGUUUGAGUGUCCAGAAUGUUCCAAGAGGUUCAUGCGGAGCGACCACCUUUCAAAGCACAUCAAAACCCACCAGAACAAGAAAGGUGGAGCAGCGCUUACCAUCAUCACCACAGAGGACAUGGAGGAAGAGGUGGACGAGGUCCUGGGCUCGCCGCAGAUCGUGACCGUGGCAUCACUCUCGCAGGAUUCGAACCCAGCCACGCCCACGACUUCAAACAAUUUAGAGGAGGAGUUUGAGUAGUUUUCCCUGCAAAUAUUAUUAGAAAAAAGCACCAUGAUAUUGUUUGUUUAUAUAUGUUCAUUUGUUAUGUUUGUUCUUUUUCUAUUGAGAAUGGACAGCUGUUUGAGCGUGGUAAAUUUUUUUUUUUCAAAUGGAAAUUUAAUACUAUCAAAUAUUAUGACAAAGAAUAAUCUAAAGAAAGUAUGGAAAUAACAUAAGCUGUUAGAAGACAUUACGCAUUGAAUGAUGGAGUUUUUUAUUUCGAGUAGCACAAGAAGUUCCCAGAUGACUGAAAAUGUGUGGCUAUGCAGAAAAAGUAUGUUUUAAAAAUCAUCAUGAAUUUAAAAUACACUUUGUUCCAGUCGGGGAUGAAAAUCUUGUCUUGGAGCCUCGCAUUUCACAGCUGCAGUCGCGCAUUGGUCUGUCGUUUUGCAUGCGAUAAGGCUAGGAGGUUGCACACGAUCUGUGUUGGUAGUGACCAGACAUGUUAAAGGGAUAGAUCACCCCAAAAAUUAAAGUUGUCAUCAUUUACUCACCCUAAUGUUGUUCCAAACUUUCUUUGACUUUCUUUCGUGGAAUUCAGAAGGAACUUUUUUUAGUCUCAAUUAGCUUUCAUUACAUCUAUAUUUUCCAUACAAUGAAAGUGAAUGGUGACUGAGGUUGUCGUUCUGGUUAAAAUUUCCUAAAAACAACAUGAGGAUGAGCACAUGAUUUCAGAGUUACAUUUUUGGUUGAACUAUCCCUUUAAGAACCUUAGCACAAGCUUUUUGAGUGACGUGGUCUGUGAUUGAAGUGCGUUCAUCAGCCAAUCAUAACCUCACAUACAGAAUGGUUUAGGGAUUAACGCCGUGCGUGUUGGAUGCUCGACUGUUCUGCAUUGAACCUGACUUACAGUAUUUAAUUAUAAUAUUUUGCACUGCACAAGAGGAACGUGGCCCGACAGAUUCACCUUGUGCAGAUUUGCAGCAGUUAAAUCAAAUUUAUGUAUGAGAAACAAGAGUAUAGAAAAGGAUUUAGGGGCUAUUUAAAAGAACAACAAAAAUAAGCACAUUAGAUUUACAAACGAUGCAUUCCAGUUAAAGGGACAGAUCACCCAAAAACGAAAAAUCUUUCAUUAUUUACUCAAAUGUACCUUAAAUUGUUCCAAACCUGUAUUACUUUCUUGCUUCUAUGGAUAAAAAGAUGCAACGAACGUAAAUGUUGACUGAGGCGCUCAGUCCAUAACAUUCAGCUCCAGGCAAGGGCGACAUGGGCAGCUGCCCAGGGCGGCAUCUUGCGGGGGGCGGCGGCAUCCCCCGUGAACAACUUUGCGGGCGUGUUGAAGCGUGUUUCGCCCAGGGCGCUAUACAAGCUAGAACCGCUACUGUUCAGCUCCUUUUGUGUUCCACGGAAGAAAGAAAGUGACAUGGUUUGGGUGAACUAUCCCUUUAAGAAUAGAUUAUGAUUUGAAAGACGUUUCUGUUUAAAAAAAACAAUAGAAAGAAAAAGCUUUCUAAGACAUGCUCAAUGUUCAGUGAAAGCAAUACUAUAAAGACAAUCUUCGUAAAACCAUGUUUACAUUACCGAGGGGUAGAAUAGGUGUCUUUACGGAAAAACAUCUAGAGACGUUCUCCCUAGUCAUAUGAACUGUACUCUGAUGCCUUAACAAAGACUGCAGUAUCACUACGUUACAGCUGGGUGGCGAUGUCGGCUUCGUUUUAAAAUAUAUUUAUGUGCAGUAGUGCCCAGCUGACCACAUAAUCUUUUUAUACAGCUGAAUACUGUGGUCUGUGAAGACGAGAUACUUCGAAUGAGGUUAUCAGAGUCUCGAUUAUCCGGCUGAGAUGUAGAUAAACCCAACCCUCGACCCACGUCAGUGCUCGGCUCUUUUAUUCAAAUGUGUGUCCACCUGUUGCCCAUUGACAUUUGUGAUCACUUUAUGUGCAGUAGAGAUUCGACCCUGUUACAUGCAGAAAUAUCCACGGUACCGAAUGUCUUUAUUCACUUUUCCACCAUCAGGUCGAACUGUUUUCGUUGCAGAGCAAAUUUAUACAGAAUAAAUCCAGGCUCGUUGGCUCGUUCAAAUGAAGAUUUGAAAGGACUGACUGGGCAAGUGACAAAUCGCCGCUACGUACGUAAGAGUAACCGGAACGGUUUGUUAUCGUACCGAACCGUGCUCAAGUGCAAAUGCAACUCAAACCGAUCGGCCCGACGACGGAAAAGCGGCUUUGAGGUGGAACACACCCCUAAAGCCACUCAGUUCAGUUCGAUGUUCAGAAAUAUGUGUGGUGGCGUUCUUAUUCGUGAGUUUUCUAGCAUUCUUUAUUGUUAUCUUUAUUUUUUCAUUUUUAAUUUGAGGCCCCGCGUUUUGGUUACCACACAGCACAAGUAGACGACGCUGUGUGUGUGUAAUUUAUUAUUUAUCCUAAAUAUUAGUAUUUGCUAAUGUGUGUUGUGUGCUGUUAAUGCAGAUGACGUGCUGCAUGGUUCAUUUUCGCUAACGAUCUAUUUAGUAGCGAUCUGUUAUUUCUAAACGUGGUCCUUUUAGGAAGUAAAACCAUGGCUUUUAAUUUAUCUGACUUUUUCACACCAUAACAUGUUUCAAAGAGGAAAAAAAAAAAAGUUUAAAAAGUGGUUGAUACCAAACAAUUAUAAAUAGACGUUUUUUUUUUUUUGUUUUUGUUUUUUUUUUUUUUUUUGGUAAUAUUUUCUGUGGCGACCGAUUUUUCUUUAAUAUUUUCUAGUGACACCUCAUUUGUAAAUCAUUUUUCUAAGAUGUUUCUUUGUCCUCAUGGCAUUUGAUAAUGGGUUUUUAGCCAGGUUAGCCUGAAAGGCUGCAGUUUAUUGAUAUUUUUAAAAAUACCUUUGUACAAACGUGUUAUGGUAAUGGGUAAAUAAAACGAGGAAAAAGAUUACAAAUAUUUGCCUGCAUAACACUUGAAAUUAAAGUGAGUAAUUCUGUCUUAAAUAUUCCAUGUCUAGUCUAAUUCUUUAUUAUUUAUUUUAAUCUGCACGGGGAACAUUUAAGCACCUAAACUAUGCCAUGUACGGGUAUAUUAGUAGUUCAGGUUUCUGAAAGAGAGGUAGCCAA